UGUGUAAAUAUCAAUGCAACAUGCCACCAUAUCUCCCCCACACAAUAUCAAUGUAUUUGCCCUAAUGGCUGGACUGGUAGGAUAUGCGAUGAAACUAUUAUAAGCUGCGAUAUGGGAAGAAGCUGUAUGAAUGGUGGCACUUGUAUUAAAACAAAAUCAUCAAGUUACGUUUGCAGAUGUCCUACACUUUUUACUGGCGAAAUUUGCGAGAUAAGUAAGUCGGUACUGCUAAUCAACAUUUAA